AUGUCUGAAAAUAAUAAACCAGUCAUCAAGAACGUUGACAUGGUCGAUGAGAUGCAACGUGAAGCUCUGGAUUGUGCUAAUCAAGCUUUGGAAAAAUAUAACAUUGAAAAAGACAUUGCAGCCUAUAUUAAACGUGAGUUCGACAAAAAAUAUGGAACGACUUGGCACUGCAUCGUUGGAAGAAACUUUGGAAGCUACGUGACUCACGCCUCUACCGCAAUAUUAUUGAAGCCAAGUGGCAAAUGCUUCAUUAUUAGGGGUCAUCCUUCUAUUGGAUGA